CGCUUCCUGUGCGUGUCACUCACUCCGCGGGGGAGGGGAAGCUGCGAGCAGGCGGCGGCGGUUCCUCCGCGAGCGGUGCCGUUGGGCCGGCGGGACGCUCGCAGACCCCCUUGCCACCGCCCGGCUGCGGCCUGAGACGCCGGCGGAGGCCCGGGACAGCGCGGUGGUGUUGCCCAGCGGCGAGAGGCCCAGGCGCCGUCGGGCCUGGGCCCUCGCCUCCCGCGGGAGGCGGCCAUGUCUACCGGCGAGGUGGAGCGGCUGUCGGCGGAUCUCGGUGGGGGCGCCGGGGACGAGGAGGAGGAGUGGCUCUAUGGCGAUGAAAAUGAAGCAGAGAGACCAGAGGAAGAAAAACCUAGUGCUCCACCCCCACCUGGAAAUGAAGAGGAAGCUGCAGAAAAUGGCGUUGUGAAAACGAAGGUGGCAGAGGCUGAUGAUGACAGUGAUAGUGAUAGUGAUGAUGAUGAAGAUGAUGUUCAAGUCACCAUAGGGGAUAUUAAAACAGGAGCUCCACAGUAUGGUUAUGGAGCAGCACCUGUGAAUCUCAAUAUUAAGACAGGAGGAGGACGAACUUACGGAUCUUCUGGUGCAAAAGUUAAAGGGGUAGAUCUGGAUGCACCAGGGAGUAUAAAUGGUGUGCCACUUCUGGAAGUAGAUUUAGAUUCUUUUGAGGAUAAACCUUGGAGAAAGCCAGGGGCUGAUCUCUCAGAUUAUUUCAACUAUGGAUUCAAUGAAGAUACCUGGAAAGCUUACUGUGAAAAACAAAAAAGAAUACGAAUGGGUCUUGAAAUUUUACCAGUUACCUCAUCCACAAAUAAAAUUACGGCUGAAGACAAUACUAUGGAAGUAAGACCAAGUGCAGAGAUUCUCGAUGGCAGAUACCAUCUUUUUAAGGUACAGCAGGGCAGAACUGGAAAUUUGGAGAAAGAGUUGGCAGUGCAGUCGACCAAACCCGAUUUCACAUCUCCUCCUGCCUUAUUCAAAUCAGGAAUUCCAACAAACAGGCGAUUACCUGGAACAAUAGAUGUGAUUGGACAGACAAUCACUAUCAGCAGGGUGGAAGGACGACGGCGUGCUAAUGAAAACAGCAACAUACAGGUUCUUUCAGAACGAUCUAAUCCUGAAGUAGACAAUUUUACCAAGCCACCUCCAUUUUUCCCUCCAGGAGCUCCACCUACCCACCUUCCACCACCCCCUUUCCUCCCACCCCCUCCAACUGUUAGUACUGCUCCACCUCUGAUUCCCCCACCAGGUAUACCAAUAACAGUGCCACCACCAGGCUUUCCACCACCACCUGGCGGUCCUCCACCUUCCCUCAUACCCACAAUAGAAAGUGGACAUUCUUCUGGCUAUGAUGGUCGUUCUGUUCGUGCAUUUUCCUACGGCAGUGAUAAUGGAGUGGAACUCAAAACAAACGAUUUAUUGAAGGCUAUGUUAUCAUUGGCUAGCAAAACAGAUAAGCAGAAAGUGAGAAGUCCUCUGUACUUCACCUUUCCGCACCUUGCAGGUUCCACUCCUUCAUGGUCUAGUCUUCUGGACACCAGCAAGCAGUGGGAUUACUAUUCACGAAGAGAGAAGGAUAGGGAACGUGAGAGAGAGCGAUCCCGAGAUCGGGAUCGGGACCGGGACCGAGACAGAGACCGAGAACGUACCAGAGACAGGGAAAGGGACCGAGAUCACAGUCCAACUCCAAGCGUGUUCAACAGUGAUGAAGAACGAUACAGAUACAGAGACUACGGGGAAAGAGGCUAUGACCGCCAUAGAACAAGUAGAGAGAAAGAAGACAGACACAGAGACAGGAGACACAGAGAAAAAGAAGAUACUAGGCACAAGUCAUCUCGAAGUAACAGCAGACGUCGUCAUGACAGUGAAGAAGGGGAUAGCCAUAGAAGGCACAAACACAAAAAAUCCAAAAGAAGCAAAGAAGGAAAAGAAGCCAGCGGUGAACCUGCUCCUGAACAGGAAAACACUGAAGCUGCCCCUGCAGAAUAGGCUUGUGUGAUUUUUGUCUACUUGCAUAUAUAUUAGUGCCAGAAAUAGAUUACUAUAAAUCUUGUUAUUUUUCUGGGUAUUAAAAUAAUUUGCUCUUAAUCUUGUUCUGUUAGUUUGAAAUCAAAGUUUACUUUGUUGUUUGGUUUUCUUUUCUUUUCUUUUUUUUUUUUUUUUUUUUUUGAAAAUAAAAGAAUGAAUUUUUCAUGUUAAGAUUC